AUGUCCCCCAAUAUUCAGGAAUCAGAACUAUCCUCGAGAAAGAGAAGCCACGAUCAAUUCACAGAAGCUACCUUCAAGGUCGAGGAUACCUCGGUCGAGAAUCAUUUAGAAAUCAAGGCUGAAGAUGCCUCGGGCAUAAACGGUGCACUUCAAGAUAUUCCUCUGGUGUCCAUUACAAAGCACGACGCCAACAAAGCCAGGAGUGGCAGCCCUGCCCCGUCAGUUGACUCAGAACUCUCCUCAGUCAGGAGCUCGCCGUCACCAAUGCAGGACGACUUGACCCCAUCCACGUCACCAAUGGCGCCCCUGCCUACCGGCACAGCACCACAAUCAACUUCUGCAAUGCCACCCUCGGCAGCUCCCCCCGCCAAGAAGAAGCGGAAGACGGCGGAGGAGAAGGAGACAGAAGAACGAGAGCGUGCGGCCAAGAAGGCCAAGAAGGAGGAGGAAAUGGCCGUCAAGGCCAAGGAAAAAGAGGCAAAGGAUGCCGCCAAAGCAGCAAAAGUUGCCGAAAAGGAGGAAAAGGACCGCAAGAAGAAGGAGGAGGAGGAUAAGAAGAAACGUGCUCAGCCGAGCAUCUUUGGCUUCUUGAAAGCCAAGCCGGCUGCUUUGGGAGAACUCUCUCCCAACCAGCAGCCAUCGAAAAAGGCUGUCGAUGGCUCUCCCGUUCGACCGAGGGCGCCCAUUGUGAUGCCCAUCACAGCAAGCCCAUCAGCCAAGGAAGCCAAGCCUCAGAAAUCGGCUUAUGAUAAGUUGUUCCAGCCCUUUUUCGUCAAAUCGGAUGUCAAGCUGGCGGUAAACCCUUUCCAGAUGGAUGAAGAGACAAUGGCCGCCAAGUCUCGAAUCCUGGAUGAGCAUAUUCGCGGGGAUCGUGGCGAAGUGGCAACGAAGCCAUUCGAUCCAGUCGCUACAUUUCAGUUCAGUGGCGUGCCAACGACCCGAGGCAAGCAACAUAUUGCCGUGAAGAAGAUAAUGGCAGAAAUGUCUGGCGACACUGUACCAAGCCACCAAAGUGAGUCGCAGCAGCUGCGGCUCACCAAUGCUCAGGACCAGCUCAGGUCCAUCCCUGUAAAGGUCUUGUCCUUCUUCGAGGACGUGCGCCCGGCGUAUGUUGGAACUGUGACGUCGACGCCCAAGGUUCACUUGGGAAAGCUGGCAAGAAGGCCUACUGGACGCCUUCUUUCUCUCAACUACGAGUAUGAUUCGGAAGCUGAGUGGGAGGAGGAGGAAGGUGAAGACCUGGACGAGGAUGACCUUGAAGAUGAGGGCGAAGAGGGCGAAGAAGAAAUGGGCGAUUUCUUGGAUGAUGCCGAAGAUGUUUCUGCCACCCGCCCGGCGUUCUUGACUGAGACCGAACCUGUCAGCACGGGUAUUUGUUUUGAGAACCGGACGAGACUGGCCCAUAAUGCAGAUGGUGAGGUUUGCCCGACCGUCUACAAGUACAGGAUGGAGUUUAUAUUGGACUCACUUGAGCAUCACCAUUCCAUCGAUCCGUUCUCUACAGAUUACUGGCAAUCCAAAUCUGCACCGGGACCUGCAAGCACCCAACAGUCCAAGCUCACAAAGACAGCCGGCAAAAACCCACAAGCAGGCAUGGCGCCUCCUCCUCUGCCCGGCUCUUCACCAGCAGCUACAUCGGCGUCGGAUCAACCCGACUGGAGCACUCUGAUGCCCAAGUCCAUGUUUCCAGAGUUCAAGCGCGCAAUCAUCAACAAGGAGUAUAACUUCCUCACGAAAGUGGGCAUAGUAGACAUGCUUUCCAAGAAGUUUCCGACGGUGAACAAGGGCCAGGUGAAGGCCACGCUCGACUUCUUGGCGGAGAGAUCAAGUCUUCCCGGCGCCAAGAAGUCGGCCAAGGUCUGGGUCCUGCGCCCUGAGCAUGCUCUGGAUAAGGACUAG